AGAGUCCACGACGGAUCGAUUUUCGAAAAACAUUGAGCAAGAGUGUGGGGCAUUUGCUCUGAGUACACGUCCCAUCGUCGCCAGCUGCCUCCCUCUCUCUCUCUCGCCGAGAACAUCACUCUCGCAACUCCACAAUCUCUGACAUGUGAAGCAGAAGAAGAAACAGAGCACGCCUAAAGAGCGGAGAGGACCAAGGAAGACGGCCAGGAGGAGGGGUUUCAUCGAUGGCGAAUUACUCGUUCCUUAACGAUCAGCUCUCGAAACACACUUCCAUUUUCGGAUUGCGUUUGUGGGUCGUCCUCGGCAUCUGCGUCGGUGCCGCCAUCGUCCUCGUCCUCUUCCUCAUCUCCCUCUGGUUCAUCUCCAGACGUAGCAACAAGACCUCGUCCUCGUCGUCGACGGCUCUAGUUUCAUCUUCCAAGCCCAACAACGUCAUAAUCCCUAAUGUUUCCAAGGAAAUCCAGGAAAUUCUGGUCGACCCAUCAAAUCCUCACCCACCGGACCCGUUCCCGGAGACGCACCACCCCGUUCGCGAAGGAGAGAACAGUCCCGUUGGUGGUCGAAGUAGAAUUCACAUUGAAAUCGGAAAGGAUCAUUGGAUUUCUUACCCGGAACGAUGUGGCGGGUCGUCUCAUGGAAGUGGAUCGGGUGAUCAAGGUCUUUCCAUGGCCGGUCCUGAGGUUUCUCAUCUGGGGUGGGGCCAUUGGUACACUCUGAGAGAGCUCGAGCUUUCUACUAGUGGUUUUGCUGAUGAGAACGUAAUCGGUGAAGGUGGAUAUGGAAUUGUGUACCGAGGUGUUCUUGCGGAUAAUUCUCAGAUUGCUAUAAAGAAUUUGCUUAACAACAGGGGACAAGCUGAGAAGGAGUUCAAAGUUGAGGUUGAAGCAAUUGGACGAGUGAGACACAAGAAUCUUGUGAGGUUGCUUGGUUACUGUGCUGAAGGAGCUCAUAGAAUGCUCGUUUAUGAGUAUGUUGACAAUGGGAAUCUAGAGCAAUGGCUUCAUGGCGAUGUUGGGCCAAAGAGCCCUCUCACGUGGGAGAUUCGGAUGAAUAUAAUUCUUGGGACAGCUAAAGGGUUGACGUACCUGCACGAGGGCCUAGAGCCGAAAGUCGUCCAUCGUGAUAUCAAAUCAAGCAAUAUUUUGCUUGACAAGUUAUGGAAUCCGAAAGUUUCAGACUUUGGCCUAGCUAAGCUCUUAAAUUCAGAAAGAAGCUACGUGACCACACGUGUAAUGGGAACCUUUGGGUAUGUGGCUCCUGAGUAUGCUAGUACCGGCAUGUUAAACGAGAGGAGCGAUGUGUACAGUUUUGGUAUACUCAUUAUGGAAAUAAUAUCUGGGAGGAAUCCUGUCGAUUAUAGUCGUCCUCCAGGCGAGGUAAAUCUAGUGGAAUGGUUGAAGAGAAUGGUCACAAACCGAUGUGCAGAGGGAGUUCUUGAUCCAAGAAUGCAAGAGAAGCCUUCAUCAAGGGCAUUGAAGCGUAUCCUCUUAGUGGCUCUUCGUUGUGUCGACCCUAAUGCCCAGAAGAGGCCGAAGAUGGGUCAUGUCAUACACAUGCUUGAAGCCGAUGACUUCCCUUACCGGGAGGACCGUAGAACUGCACGAGAACCCGAAAGGUCGGAGAGGGAAGAAAGAAAGGAGAAGCUAACAGAGAAGACGGUGAAUGAACCCGGGGAUUGCAGCAGCUGCGAAAGCGGUGUUCAGAUCAACGAAACCCCGUUGUUAGCAUCGGAGAAGCAGGGAUAGUAGAGCUGACGAAAGACGGAUGUUCAGUUCAGAAAGGCAGCUUCAAGCGGCAUGAUAUGUUUGUUCUUAAAAGCCCGUGAGUUCUACGUGGUGAGUGCAUUGCACCUCUCCGUUUAAUUUAUUUUCUCUUUUUUGUAUAUUUUACUUUUGUAGUUUGGUAAUUUAAUAGCAUGGGUUUUUUCUUGUUCCUCUACAUUUUUUUUUUAAAUGUAAAUUGAUGUUUAAGUAUUUAUAUUUUCUUUGUAGUCUAAUAGAUUGAGGUAUCUUAGAUA